AUGACAAAGGACUCAAGUUCCCAGGUGAGCUUUCAGCAGGUAUGAGUUCAUGUUGCAAUUGUUGUUGUUGUUGAAAUGUGCCUCUUGUAGGGUCAUUUCACUACAAAGCAGAGUCAUGGUUUGUCCUUCCCACAUUCUCCAAUUCAGUGAGUGUCUUAAAUACUUAGGAGUUUAUUUUCCUCCUUACGCAAUGAGAAAAAUUAUAUCCGCAAGCAGCACAUGUUGCUACCGAUUGUGCUCUAGUCAUCAUUACUUUCAUGCAUUAGUGACAUUACCUAGACUGCUCUUGUGGUUUGGUUUGGCUUGUUUUGUUUAAACGUCUAAUGACUGCAAAAAUUGCUUUUAUCUCUGCCCUGCGCUGCAAUUUGCUUGCAAGUUCUGAAAAACAUUUCCCUUUUCUUAGAAAAUGAGGUCAAUGUUGCAGAGAAUCAUCCAAAGAAAAAACUUAAGUCAUCCAGCCAUCUUGAACUUCUCCUAUAAAGUUUUCCAGCAGAGAAUACUUCUGUCUUUAGAAAGCUGCUGGAGUGUCUCUGAGCCCUUUCUCUUAGAGGUAAGCAAGGCUAUGGGGUGUUGUUUGAUUGUUGUAGUAGUGGGAGGACUAUAGCUCAGUAGCCGAGCAUCUGCUUUGCCUGCAGAGGGUCCCAAGUUCAAUCCCUGACAUCUCUAGCUAGGACUGGGAAUGUCCCCUGCUUGAAACCCUGGAGAGCCACUGUCACUCAAUGUGUAGUGAUGGAAAACUAUGUGAGCCAGCUUUUUUUCUUCCUAUGUUCCUGUGUGUUGCUGGAGCACUUGAAUAUCACCCACAUUGCCACAGCAGAGCUCUUGCCGUCUAACCACUGUGAUCAAAAAAGCACAUUCAACACCUGAGGCUUAAGACAGAAGCCUUCUCCCUGGACUAACUAUUAUGUGUUUGGGAAAUAUUUUUGUGAAGAGCAAAGUGCCCCACUGCAGAACAGAACAGGGCUGCAAUGUCACAUUUGACAUACAGUGGUGCCCCGCAAGACGAAUGCCUCGCAAGACGGAAAACCCGCUAGACGAAAGGGUUUUCCGUUUUGGAGGUGCUUCGCAAAACAAAUUUCCUAUGGGCUUGCUUCGCAAGACGAAAAUGUCUUGCGAGUUCCUGCGGGAUUCCCCCCCCCUUUUUCCCAAGCCGCUAAGCCGCUUAUCAGCUGAUCCGCUAAGCCGCUAAGCCGCUUAACAGCUGAUCACUAAGCCACUUAUCAGCUGAUCCGCUAAGCCGCUUAUCAGCUGAUCCGUUAAGCCACUAAGCCGCUUAUCAGCUGAUCCGCUAAGCCGCUUAUCAGCUGAUCCGCUAAGCCCGCUAAGCCGCUAAUAGCGCUAAUCCACUAAACCGCUAAUGGGCUUGCUUCACAAGACGAAGAAACCGCAAGACGAAGAGACUCGCGGAACGGAUUCUUUUCGUCUUGCGAGGCACCACUGUACAUCAAGCUUGUAACCUGACAAUGUUUUGGACUAGCAAUACCCAACAGCUCCAGCAUCAUGAGGCUGUGCUGCCUGGGACUUAGGGGAGUUGUAGGUAAAGCAUCUUCAGGGCACCAGCUUGGGCAUGGCUGCUGUAUAGAAGUAGAAAAAGAAAAAGAAAGUAGAGCAGUGUUGUCUAGUAACUGUGUUCACACACUCUGUUUAAGAUGGCAAAAAAGGAUUUGGACGAUCAGAUAGAGACUGGGCUCAAUCCUUUGGAAAUGGCCAGCAAGGAGGAAAUGGUGAAAGAUACCUCAGAGUUGGCAGCAGCAGAUAAACCUGAAUCUGUGGGAAGAUCUGAUGAGACUUUGGAAGAGCCCAGGCCUGAGGGAGGGCUUAGCAAUACAGUGGAAGAACAGCCAAAGUCUCUGGAGGGAGGCCGUGAGACAGUUGCAAGGCUUUUGAUGGAGGCAAAGGGAGCUGUUUUGGAAGUUGCUAAAGUGGUUGAUGAGUGCCAGGCAGAGGAGGAGAACCAUGCUGCCUUCAGGCCACACCCUAGUGAAUGCUCAGUGUCCCUAAGCACACUGGUUAUGGGGUCAGAGAGCGGGAACCUCCCAACUUCCUGCCAAGUUUCAUCCAAGAGGCCUGCGGCAACUUUGGAUGUCCAGACUACACAGCCCCAAAUACCCACCCAGCCUGAUGAUACCUCCCAAUCUCCGAGGUAAGAGUCCAUGACUGCUGUGAGGUCUGCUGGGGAGCUGGCACAGCAUGAAGCAUUUGGUGCCACUUUCCCCUUUGCAAGGAAUCCAUUCGAAGGCCUUAGGCCUCAGCCCAGAAGCUCCAAGGAAGGCAAAGGUGGUUUGCAGUGGUAGGGUUGCAUUGCUCUGCAUCUUCUCCCCCAGCUAGUAGAAUCAGGUUGCGAGAGAAUCAGGUUCACAUACCUUGUCUUAAUCUUUAUUACUCAGAUUGCAAAGAUAGCAGAAUUGACAAUACGGUCUCUGGCCCCAUUAAAGACUGCUAACCAAAUUUAUUGUGGCAGAAACACCUGUGCCAGACUCUGCUUUGUCAGAUGCCUGGAAUGUUAGCUUCAGUUGCCAGACAAAAGGUAGAAAAUGUUAUUUCUCUCCCCCCCUCCCUCCUUCCGUCAGUUUCAAGGGGGCUGGGCUUAGCACCAUUUUGGGUUUAGGUUUCUGCCACCAGCUAUUUGCUCAUAUUUAAACUGUCAUAGGUCUCUGCAGUAGUGUUUUUGCUGUGAAAAAUUAACCUCACUCCUUGUCUGAUACUUAAACUCAGCAUCUCCAUCAUUUUGGUUAUGUGUGACAUUAACUGAUGCAGCUCAGUCCUGUCCCAUCUCCUUGUGGGGUAAGUCUUUCCUCACUUGUGUUUCUCUGUUCCAUUCAGAUUAGCUAAGAGGAGACUAAUUUGUUCAGAUCAGAAUGAAGAAGAGGAUCUCCCAGGUGGUGAAGAGGUUCAUAGGGACCGGGACCGGCCCGAGACCCUCAGAGACCCCCGACACCUGGGUAAGCAGCAACUGUUUGAAUCUGCUUGCCUGGUUUUGGGUGCUCGGCAUCAGUGGCGUAGCGUGGGGGGUGCAGGGGGGGCCGGGCACACCGGGCGCAACAUCUGGGGGUUAGGGUUAGGGGGCGCAAAUCCACAGGUUAGGGGGCGCAAAUCCAUGGGUUAGGGGGCGCAAAUUACUUGCCUUGCCCCGGGUGCUGACAACCCACGCUACGCCACUGCUCGGCAUGAUCAAGGUUUCUUUGUCCCAAGGCUGCUAUUGCAGAAAUAUAGCAAAGCUACUCUCCAAAUAGCAAAGCUGCCAAGCAGCUGAGGCUCUCCUCUGAAUGUCAGGCCAGAAGCUUUGAGUUCCCAUUGUCUGCUCCAUAGAUUUGGAACCUGGUGAAGCAGCUAGUAUCCUGUACACAGUAAGCAGAGGGGUUUUGGGGUACAGCUCUUGGCUCAAAAAAGUAAAAUAUUUGGACUGCCUGCUCCAAGUGCACAGCAGCAGCACGGACAAAAUCAUUGCCUUUUGCCUCAGACUGGCUUCUUGUUCUGCAGAAUGCUCAACCAUGGUUCCAUGCACUCUUCUAAUUAAAGCACCUGAAGGGAUGAGCGGCCCGAAAAAAGCCCUUUCUAGCCACUGGUCCCGCCCGCCUCUAGCUGCGGUUGGGAGAGGCGCUGCGUUGCGCCUCUCUUAACCGCGGCUCCUAUGCCUGCUCUUGCGAGCGGCAGAGGCAACAGCAGAGGGACAAGCGGCCUGAAAGGAGCCCUUUCAGGCUGCUCCUUCCUCCUCCUCUGCCUUUGCUGCUGUUGGCGGUGGAGGAACAAGCAGCCCGAAAGCAGCCCUUUCGGGCUACUUGUUCUUCUUCCACCGCUUCUACCACCACCAGGUUUGUUGUGUGGUGAACCGGCUUAUACUCGAGUCAAUAAGUUUUCCCAGUUUUUUGUGCUAUAAUUAGGUGCCUCGGCUUAUAUUCGGGUUGGCUUGUACUCAAGUAUAUACGGUAAUAAAAGAGGACAUGUCUGGCAUGCCCUGGACGUAUGGCAACCCCAACAUAGUUUCAUCAGUAGUUGGCUGCCUACGCAUCAUGCUGCCAAGGGCUGCAUAGAAAUUGACCACUACCCUGGAUUUCUGAUGAGGGACAGUAGUGGUAAAACCUCCCAAUUACUGAGCCAGUAGCAAUAACCAGCAUACUGAGUGGUUCCAUGCAUCCUGUAAAGUUUGUAAAUGAAUUUGUGUUUCAGAAUCGAAGGACAAAAGCAGCAGCAGCAGCCGCAGCAGCAGCAGCACUUCCCUCUUGGGUUCUAAAAAGAAGGUAACCAAGCCUAUACCCAGUCUGGAGCUGGGCACACCAGUGAGGACAGAUAGGUCUGCCUUGAUAAGACCCCUCUAAAUGGAGGCCAGUUGAUGAGGACCCCCUCUCCCAAAUGAAGUAACUGAUGAAAUCCCCAUUAAUGGGAACAUAGGAAGCUGCCAUAUGCUGAAUCCUGGUCCGUCUAGCUCAGUAUUGUCUGUGCUACAGGCUUUCAGGCAAGGUGUCUCUUUCGCAGCUCUACCUGGAUAUGUCACAGGUUUGAAGCUGGGAUCUUCUGCGUGUUCAACCACUGGACUAAGGGGCAUCUCCUAGUUAUUUAAUCAAGGGCAGUGAUGGCCAGACUUGGCCCUCCAGCUGUUUUGGGAGUACAAUUCCCAUCAUCCCUGACCACUGGUCCUGUUAGCUAGGGAUAAUGGGAGUUGUAGUCCCAAAACAGCUGGAGGGCCAAGUUUGGCCAUCACUGAUCAAGAGUCUUGGAUACCCAGAUGUUUCCAAGAAGCCUGGGCAAUCUCAGCACGUCAUAUCUGCUAUCUUUGAUAGCCUCUUGAACCACACUGUAAGGUGGCUGAAUUUUAUUAUCCACAUUUUGCAGGAGAACUAAGUGUGGAGAGUGUGCCAUCAAGUUGGGUUUAAUCUCUCGAAAUAUGGGCCAGAUAUUUGCCUGCUGUGAGUCACUGGGCUACAGCCCAUGUCAGCGGUAAUCCUCUGUUAGCAACAGCCAUGGAGCCAUCUCCAGAGGGUGGGGUAUCUGUCGUUCUGUCAUGGGGGCAGGGGCAAGUCUUGCAGCACUUCAUGGUUGCUCAUGAGAGCCUGUGCCCUCUUCUUUCUAGAUCUGGACUUCAGAGGAGCCUCAGUGGAUUAAGGAAGGUGUGAAGAAGUUUGGGGAAGGGAGGUGGAAAGCCAUCUGCCAGGCAUUCCCCUUUAAGAUCCGGACGCCUGUGGCGAUCAAGGACCGAUGGCGGACGGUGAAGAAUCAGGGGCUCUUGGGGAAUGACCUGGAAGCAAGUGGCUGA